AUGUCUUCUCGCCGUGCCCAGCCCGCCCCCGCCCCCAAGCCCUGGCGCGUCAACGCCUACGUCAACGGCCGCUCCGUCGGCUUCCACUACGAGUUCGACAAGCUCGAGAACAUCUCCAGCAACCCGACCAACGUCAGCUUCACCAGCGGGUGCCCGUACCCCACGCUGGUGCGCUGCUACACUGAGGCGAACGGUGGCGGGUAUAUGUCGGCGGCCAACUUUGCGGCGAACAGCAAGGAGAACUUUAAUGUGGGGGCUUUUAAGAGUUGGGAGGUUUUGAGGCGUUAA